GACCUCGUCGACCCUCAGUGUCAUCUCGCCGCCCUCCUUGACCACCUCCCCAGCCAGGCAUCUCCUCGCGAGCAUGCGCCAGACACACCAUGACAGGCGACAGGCGCCGGGCCUGCUGCCACUGGUGCCAUGUCCCGAAAGUCUAAACUAAACUCCACAGCAGGGCGCCCGACGUCGGACCGCCUAACCAGCCCUGCCUCUCAGUGGUGCCGGCUACCCACCGCGGAAACGAGCUGCGACGCUGUAAUCAGACGGCUGCUCCGUCCACCUGGCCGUCCGACCUCGUCGUCGACAUUGGCUGACUGGACAGCCGCAAAAAGCAUCAAAUACAAAUCACAAUGCCAAGUCCGACGUCAUCCGUCGACGACUCUUCAGCCUAUCCUCAAACCGGCACUUGUCCCAGACAAGAGCCACGCAACGAACCCAGCAGCAAGCAGCAGCCCUUCCUUCGGGCCAACCUUUACCUGCCUUGUUGGGGUAGCGUAUCGGCUGCUGGGCUCCGCUGUGGCGAGUCUGGCCUGUCCGGCGUGUCGGCUCUGUGCUGCGUCGUGCCCCUGGCGCCGACCGACUAGAGAUACCUGGGAUUGCC